CUCCUCUACCAAGGGAGAUCCAGCAAAUGCCGACCGUAAACUUCGCCCGGAGAAGAUUCGGGAGUGGACCAGCUUUCCAGCCGAGCAGGCGUUGGUAUGGGAGGACCUGAUGGAUGCUGAAUUCGUGACGGAGCGUCACUUCACACCUUUGGUGGUUUUAAAGGAGUACGGAAAGGAGACCCGGCAAAGAAUGGUAAGCUCAGAGUUGGAUUUGGGCUACUUUGAACGACAGACCAUGGAGUCGCGCGUCUCCUCAGUCGUCGAACAGCUGCAUGCAGAUCAUCAACUCCGGCAAACUUUCUGCUUGAAUGGAAAAAUCUCUUUCGAAAACCAUGGCAAUACUUUGACGGAUGAUUCAAAUCUUGCUGCGGACAUGGACUCCCUUACCAUAACCCAGAAUAAUCGCUGUCGCUCUCAGCGUUUGGCAGCAAAAUCAAGCAGCGCUGGUCAGUCAGCGGAGCAGAGGAUGGGAGUCCAGCGAGCUGCACAGGUACGCAGUCCUCGGCCUCGAGCAGACCAGUUCUGUGUCUAUAACAAUGGACCAGACGAAAAGAUUCCAGCCUUCAUUGUUGAAUACAAGGCGCCUCACAAAGUCUCUUUAGCUCAUAUCAAGGCCGGCCUCCAAGAAAUGGACCUUGAUGAAGUCCUUCGCUUCCAAGAGAAAGAACCACCCGAAGAUAUCUGUCGUCGCAUUAUAGCGGCAGUCAUUACGCAAGCAUUCUCCUAUAUGAUCCAGGGCGGGCUAGAGUACGGUUAUGUGUGCACCGGUGAAGCAUUCAUAUUCCUCCGUGUGCCUCCGGACGACCCUGAAACCGUAUACUACUACCUAUCAGUGCCCGAGGAGGAUGUUGGACCGACUACGGGAUGGAUGGACGAGUCAAGUGGCGAGAAUCGACUACAUUUAACCGCAAUAGGCCAGGUAUUGGCAUUCACUCUCCGCGCUUUGCGAGUGCCCGUACGAGAUGUCACUUGGAAAAGCUGGGCAACGAGCAGACUGAAGACAUGGGAGAUGGUUUACGAUGUUCUUCUAGCUGAAAUCGAGGAGAAGGAUAUCCCUUCAUCUGAAUUCAAGCCGCCUACGCGAAGCCGGAAGGAGUACUGUCGUGUAUCUCCAGUAAAGACCAGGUCUAGGUCUGCGGCCAUUGCGUCCUGUAAUCCAUCGCGAGACUCGGCAUCGGCUAGCUCAGAUGACAGCGGAGACGGUUACGACCCCGACACACCGAGUCGACAACCUCAAGAGUCCCGCAUACUUCGCCCGCCACCUUCCUCCGCACCAGGGAGACAGGGGCCACAAGGUUCACGCUCGCAAGGCUCAUCACGGCAGUAUUGCACACAGGAGUGCCUUCAGGGCCUCGUUAAAGGCGGGGAUCUAGAUCUGAAGUGCCCUAACGUGUCCGACCAUGGUGUUGAUCGGCAUCGACUUAACCGGAAAACCUUGAUCCGGAAAUUGGACAAGCAGCUCUCCAAUGACAAGCUGCAUCCUGAUUCAAAGUUAGGAUGCGAAUCCUUGCACGUGCACGGGACGCGUGGCGCACUUUUCAAGAUCACUCUCCACUCCCACGGCUAUACAUUUGUCGGCAAAGGAGUGCCCGUGGAGUUUGUACAAAGCGCAAGACACGAGGAGCUUGUAUAUUCACGUCUUACUCCAAUCCAAGGAACGUCGAUACCCGUCUUUCUUGGCGGCCUGCCACUCCGUCGUCCGUUUUCUUACGACGGUAUUGCCGAAAUGGUCCACCUGAUUUGCAUGGGCUAUGCUGGAAAGACCCUCGUCCGACAGCGUGGUCUUGAUCCUGAUCAGAUGCUGCAACAAGCAGCCAAUUCGCUGCAAGCUGUUCAUGCGUUGGGUGUGCUACAUAGUGACCCGAUUCCCGGAAACAUAGUCUGGGAUGAGCGAAACGGCCGCGUGAUGUUCAUUGACUUUGAGCGCUCAAUAAUCCAAAAUGGACGACGCCUGCCACUGGGCGUCAUAUCGCCUAACAAAAACAGCAAGCAAGCCCCCCAGUCCUUCGACAUUAAGUGGAAACCGAAUAUGGACUGUUUUGAGCGAGAGCAAAGACGCAUGAUCAAUGGGUUGAGAUAGGUCUUUUUGUGAAGCUCAUCAGCUGCUAUUGGGGUUAUGAGGCGGAGCGCACCCUUAAAGAUUGUUACGAUGAUAUGACCUAACUUUGACGACAGAACUCUACAUACCCCCAUCAGUUUGGCGUUUGGCUUUCUCUUCUUCUUCUACUUUCCUCUUAUUGUUCUUCAUGUCCC